AUGUCUUUUACUUCAGUCAUACUACUGUCAUCAUUAUUAUUAGUAUUUUCAUUUUUAUUUAAUUUUAUUCCAAUUUCCAGUCAUUUAAACGUCUGCCCAAAUAAUGAAACUGUUAUAUACAAUAAUAACAAUAGUAAUGAUAAUAAUAAUAAUGAAUUAAACAAAUGUUAUGCAUUACAAUUACAUUUAGCUAAACAACGUCAUAUUAUUAGAUUAAUUAAACGUGAUCAAUUUACAAUGAAUUUACAACUAACUUGUCAUUUAUGUUCAAAUGAUAAUCCAAUAAAUUUUCAAUGGUAUCGUAUUCUACAAGAAAUAAAUCGGCCAGAAUAUUUUCAUGAUCGAACAUUCAGUUUAUUACGUAUUACAUCAAAAUCAUUUCAUAAUUUAACACAUUAUAAAUAUUGUGGUAAUAUCCAUGUCCAACAAAAUCGUGUUUGUUUUAUACAGAUACCAAGAAAACGACCAAUCCAUAUUGAUAAUAGUAAUGAUAAUAAUAAUAAUAUAGAAGAAAUAAAAUUAAUUUAUUUUAUAUUAUUCAAUGGUUUCUAUGAAUUUGGACAAUUUUAUGAUGAUGAUGAUAAUAAUACUAAUCAAUUAAAUUUUUGGCGGCUAUUUAAAAAUCUUCGGAAAAUUUAG